AUGUUUCUCUCGGGUUUCCUCAAAGUCGGCCUCUGCCUGCCCUUGCUGUGCAAGGGCCUGCCCGUCUCCAACGGCACCGCCUCCACCACCCUCCCCAAGACGUCGGCCCUCUCGACCGUCCACCAGUUCGACUACGGCACCUGGAUCGAGAACGUCGCCGUCCGCAGCAAUGGCAACCUGCUCGUGACGCUCAUGGACCGCCCGGAGCUGUACGAGGUCGACCCGGCCAAGGGCUCCGCCAGCCUGGUGCACCGCUUCGACGAGGGCUUCCUCAGCCUGACGUCGCUGGUCGAGGUGCAGGACGACGUCUUCGCCGUCAUUGCCGGCAACUUCUCCCUGUCGACGACGUCGUCGGUCGACGGCUCCUACGCCGUCUUCAAGCUCGACAUGACGGCCUCGACGCCCGCCGCCUCCAAGAUCGCCGCCAUCCCCGAGGGCAACUUCCUCGACGGCAUCACGACGCUGGACGCGGACGCGGGCGUCGUGCUCGUCUCCGACGCCGGCACCGGCGUCGUCUACCGCCUCGACAUGGCGACGGGCAAGUACGAGCAGGUGCUGGCCGACGACUCGAUGAAGCCCAAGGACGGCUACCCGCUCGUGCUCGGCGUCGACGGCAUCCGCUACUCCAACGGCUACCUGUACUACGUCAACUUCCCCAACAACCAGUUCUGGCGCGUGGCUAUUGACGCGUCGACGGGCAAGGCGACGGGCUCGUACGAGCUGGUUGCGUCGGACGCGACGGGCGACGACUUCGCCAUCACGUCCGACGGCACCGCCUACGUCGCGGGCAACUUCAUCAACUCGCUCGAGAAGGUCACGGCCGACGGCAAGGUCACCGUCCUCGCUGGCGGCGAGACGCUCUCGGACCUCGCGGGCCUCACGUCCGUCGCCUUUGGCCGCGGCUCCGCCGACAAGAACAGCCUCUACGUCGUCACGUCGGGCGCCCUGGCCAACCCCGUCAACGGCACUUUCUCGGAGGGCGGCAAGAUCGUCCGGGUGGAUCUUUGA